GAUCAUCACCACUAAGGCUAGUCGCUUGCACAAAGUCAGCUAGUGCCACGUUCGCAGCAUGGCGGCUCAGCUUUUCUGUCAUUUACUCUUUUUAUUGGUUGCGGUCUCUUUCGGAACAGGCAUAACAUUUCGAUCUGGAAGAGCUUCAAAGCACGCCGGGACCUUUCGCUUGGUACAAAAUGAAGACAUCGAGCCGCGCCAUCAGGACUGCCCCUCAGGAUGGGUGGGCCCCCACCGCGGCACCUGUUACAAACUCGUCACGGACAAAGCGCUGAACUGGGACGGCGCCAACGCCACCGGGUGUCAGAGCCAGCAUGAGGGCGCUCACCUCGCGGCCAUCACCUACGACAACAAGGCCUUCCUUUCCAAGCAGAGCGACAUCCGAAAGGGCUCCUAUUACUGGAUCGGCCUUCGCUCGCCGUACACCAAGUGGAACCAGGACACGGAGUUUGAGACUGACAUCGAUUAUACCAACUGGGAGGUCAUCAAGGCUCAGGAGCCCGACGGCGCUGCUAGCUCCAACGACGACUGUGUCCUCAUGUCGGGAGCCGGUGCAGGAACCGAAUUUCAGCCGCCGGGCGUCUGGGCCGAUACGCACUGCGACAGCACCCUGUCCUAUGUCUGCGAGACUGAACAGGAGGACGGCGCAUGCGCAGAGGGCUGGGAACUUCUGAACGGCCGCUGCUUCCGACUCUCCUCUAUAGAUGACUUCAAGAGCUGGCAGGCAGCGAGGGACGCCUGUGCUUCCACCAUCCCGUCCUCUCGUCUGGCAGUCAUCGACUUCGAGCUGCCCGCGGACUCCCGGGUGGUGAAGGACAGUGUGGCGUUCUGGGUCGCCCUGCGAUCCACGCCGGGCUCGGACGGAGUUCUGCGCUGGAGCAGCCCAGGGAAACCCCAGGUGGUCAACGCCAACUGGCAGCAAAUUGUCAGCGUGGAGCCCAACGGUCCGCCGGAGAGGAACGAGCUCUGCGUGGCGGUGAACGGGGUCAACUCAAUGGAUGUUUACACUGUUGGGGAAUGGGCCGACGUCGACUGCAGCUUUAAGACGCAGUAUCUCUGCGAGAUGCACCCGUAAGACGCAGUAUCGGUCGGAUGCAGGUGUGAGGUGUGGUAUCUGUAGAUACUAGAGAUUUGUAGAUAUCUGUAGGUACGGUAUCUAUGGAUCCCUAGUGUCUGUAGGAACUGAGAUAAUCUAUGGACUGCGAAUAGGUGAUUGCAUUUCCGUAAUUGAUGGUCUGACUUUUUUGCGGCAAAAAAAAAUCGUUUUCUUCAUAUCGUAUGGUAUUCACAGGCUUUUCGCGGUUGUCUGUUUUAAACGCAUUUUCUCUUGAAUUCGUAACAGGUUGUUAUAGCAUGUUUACACUUCUUUUGAUGCUAAAAAGGCGUUCAUUGGCAAGUGAUGUUUGAAAAUAAAUACUUUGUUUCGAA